AGAGAGAGAGAGAGAGAGAGAGAGAGAGAGAGACGAUCGAUAUCCCCGGUGAGAAAGGUAGGACCGUUGCUGCCACGCUCUUCUCUCUGUGCGAACGAGACACCCACGUCGUCGAGAUUACCACCGCGUUGUCUGGGAUUCGGAACGCGCGGAUGGAAUGUUUGUUGCUCAGGAUGGAGAAGCUCGCCGGCGCGGUGGGUACCGUCGUUCGAUUAAUCGAUUAGCGGUGAUAACAAUUUGAGUUUGGCCAUUCGCUCGGCCUGGAAACGCCGAAGCAACAAGAGACGAAUGCUUGCGCUCUGGUUAAUACGGUAAAUCGAUCAAGAUUCCUCUACGCGCGUCGUUUCCCCGUAGGUCCGUCGGACCUUCACGAAAUAACCAGUUGAUCCCCUUUUGAGUCACCGAAUAAAGUCCAACGGGGCUGAAUGCGUAACAAGUGUCGUUUAAUUAUUUCGAACGAUAGAGCGAUAAUUGGAUGUUCUUUAUGCACGAGUAAAGUGAAUAAUUAAAUCGACCAAAUUAGAUUAAAUGAUGUCAUAGCAUAAUAUUUUUCUGAUUAUGAACGUGAUAUCUUACAAAGAAAUUAUACAAUGUAAUGAUAAGUAUAAUUGUCAUUGUUUUCAAUAGUUACUGCCGAAAAUAAUAUAGAUAGGUUUUGUAAAAUUGCAUUUUCGUCAAAAUUUGAGUAAUCAAUUUUGUAUUUUGUUAUUAGUAUCAGUCGUAUAAUAUAUACAAUGUUUUAGAAAAAACUAAGUUGUAACCGAAAAAUCUACUUUUCCAAAUAUUACUGACGUUUCUCUCAAUUCUGAAUUAUUUAUCUGAUAGAAAUAAAUAUGAUGAUGAUAAAUUUAAAAAAAUGUCAUAGCAUCAAAUGACAUGAUGCUAUGACAUUUGAAAAAUGCCAUAACAUCGUGUCAUAAUAUCAAAUUGCCAGUUUUAAAACAUAUCACUUUGAAAAUUUAAACGAUCGGCCGUUGAGAUAAAAAAGCGUCAAAUAAUGGCGGUGAUUAGAGAGAGCCGGUUUUAUCGAUGCAAGGAUUGCUUUUAACCCAGAUUAGUUUAAUUCCCUUUCUCUAUUUAUAUCAUGGAUGAUUAUAAUAUACCAUAAUAUAGAUAGGAUAUUAUACAAUAUUUUUAACCGAGCAAAAAAGGAUCAGUUUAUUGUUAAUUCUAAUUUUAACUAAUCCAAUUGGUGUAAACAAACGGCUGCUAUUUUCUCGUUGCACUCGUGUCUCCUCCCGACGAGAACCAUGAGAAUUCAACAGUGAACACGAACUUCUGGCGUUUUGGGAGAAAGUCCGUUUGUAUCGGUCGAUAGGCGACUAAAGCAGGAUGAAGUGGCUACGUGCGAAGCACGAUCGAUGGGCGCGAAGGCUUGAGAUAUUUCAGCGGCGAGUUUCGAUGCGCGAUAAAAGUAUCUAUCUCGAAGACACAUCGGCGAAGUCAAGGCGAGAGAGAGAGAGAGAGAGAGAGAGAGAGAGAGAGAGAGAGAUGGAGGGAGGGAUAGAAGGAGAUAGGGAAGAAGAGAGAAAAAGAGAGAAAGUAGCGCGGCUGACGCGGCGACGACGAAGAGUGGCCACCCUUUGAAAUUCACGAGCGCACGGAGAGCACGUACUCUCUCUUUCUCUCUCUUUCCCUGUCUAUCUCUCUCUUUCUCUCCGGCAGGACUCUUCUUUUUCUUCUCUUUUUUUUUCUUCUUCGCGUGAACGGACGUGUGGAGAUCCGAUCGAUCGAUCGAAGCGAGCCGCGCACUCGAGUUUUCCCUGACCUAAGAAUACACCGGCUCGAGUGCCGUGGAGGAACCCGGGGUGGAGUGGACUCCAGAAUGGACCAGAGUGGGGGAUCGAACGAGAAGAGAACCCCGCCCCCGUUUAAACGACGCCGGACAACGAUGACUGCGGAUUUUGUCUCUUCUUUCUUGCUCGCAUUUGCUCGGACUUGCGCCACACUCGAAACGAGCCGAAUGAUGAUCAAUUGACGAAGACCGCGCAGCGCUAGGAAUGGCCCCCUUCAGUUCCGUCUUCCUGGGUGUCUGGGGAGUGUUUGUUGUCAUUUUGAUAAAAGAAUCGACACCCGUUAGCUGGGAGGAAUGGUGGACGUACGACGGUAUCUCCGGUCCUGCCUUCUGGGGUCUCAUCAACCCGGAAUGGUGGCUCUGUAACAAAGGUCGAAGACAAUCACCGGUCAAUCUCGAGCCUACCCAACUGCUUUUCGACCCGAAUUUACAACCGCUUCAUCUCGACAAGCACAGAAUCAACGGCGUACUGGCGAACACCGGCCACAGCGUCGUGUUCGCCGUGGAGAACGACACCCGUCAUCCCGUCAACAUUUCCGGCGGUCCGCUCAGUUAUCGUUAUCAGUUUCACGAGAUUCAUUUGCACUUCGGCGCCGACGAUCGCAUCGGCAGCGAGCACACCGUCGACGGACACGCAUUUCCCGCCGAGCUUCAGAUAUUCGGCUUCAACUCGCAGCUCUACAACAACUUUUCGGACGCCCUGCACAAGGCGCAGGGAAUCGUGGCGGUAUCGCUCCUUUUGCAGUUGGGCGACCUCUCGAACCCGGAGCUGAGAACGUUCACGCAGCAGCUGGAUAAAAUCAAAUACGGAGGGCAGGCCAUGGAAAUUAAACGUUUCGGGGUGCGCGAACUUCUGCCGGACACGAAGCAUUACAUGACGUACGACGGCUCCACCACGAUGCCGGCGUGUCACGAGACCACCACAUGGAUCAUCCUCAACAAGCCUAUAUACAUCACCAAGCAGCAGCUGCACGCUCUGAGACAAUUAAUGCAAGGGGACGAAAAGCAGCCAAAUGCACCACUUGCGAAUAACUUUAGACCACCACAACCCCUUCAUCAUCGUCCCGUUCGGACGAACAUUGAUUUCAAUGUUCAGGGUCCGAAGAAUUGUCCGACGAUGAACAGGGACAUAUAUUACAAAGCCAAUAGCUGGAAAUAAUACCCAGCACUGCCGUGAAAUCGACAUUCGCAGUAACUACGCUUCUCCCCGGAACGAGCUGGAACUUCGCUGUAAGGAAAAAAAUUGACAUAUCAAUUACAGGCGGGUGACGCCGGGUCACAAAAAAAAAUUUACAGCAGAUAGAACGCGCGAAGAAGACGACCGAAGACGCCACAGUUGAGGUCGAGAUAAAAAAAAAAAUGCUUCGUUGUACUUAUUAGACGUGAAUUGCCAAGUAUGUUUCCAGUUAAAUCAGAAGAAGAAAAACCAAAUAUACCUAUAGAUCACAAGUUAGACGAGAUAAGCUAAUCGUAAGAUCUAUUAUUAUAUAUAUAUCGGUAAACUAUCGAAAAAAAGCUAUGACUAUCGUGGCCUGCGCGAGGGGUUGAGAGAUGCAAUUAUAUGUAUAAAAAUUCACGCGCAACGGAGAGCGCUAUCGCGAGCAAAAGUUUAUACUAUAUUCUUGUAAUAAAAGCUUGAAAAAAAAUGCAGAAAACGA